AAAAAUCUCAAACAAUAAUCCAAAUAGAAAAGCAAAUAGGAUUCACGGAUUUACAAUGGGUUCCAUCAGUAGCAACGGUAGCAAAAAGUUUGUCUUUGUUGAUAAAACAAAAAAAUAUUCGGCGAUCAGCGUGCUCUGUCUAAAUUAAAAUGUCGUAAAGAAGACUCUAGAUUGUCAUUCUUAAAUUACUUUGUAUAUGUACGAGUCAAACAGUUUUAUAGUCGAUCAGAUUUUAUAGAAAUUCUUUUUUAUCAAAGUUAAAUGUUUACAGUUUAAGAACAAUAAAUGAGCCUAACCGAAUAUGACCGCGAAGUUUUACUUCAGGAAAUCCAACAAAUUAAGUUUGCACUUGAAUCUACUUCAGGCUGCCAGUUCAAUGCAAGCAGUGAAAGCGAUGAAAGUUAUGAAAGUGAUGAUGAUAAAAGUAAUCUAAAAGGUUUUCCAGAAAAUACUCAUGAAAUAAGUGAACAAUCAAGGCAUGAGGCAGAACAAGUAUGGAAAGAGAGUUCAGAAGAACAUAGCAAUGUGUCUAAAAAUAAUUUCCUUGAAGAAGUUAAGAAUAUUCUGAACAAACCUGUGUCUAGUUUGGAUGAGACUAAAUAUAGUGAGAAAGGUGACUUUCUAAGUUUCAAUGUAGGAAAAGAACAAUCAUCACUCUCCUGCAUGCAAAACUCUGAAACUGAUGAAUUAUCAAAUGUUUCUUCAAAUAACUCAAGUCAAAAUAUUGCAACAGCAAAUAUUUAUGUUGAAAAAAUCUUUAAAGGAUAUCAAGCACAUAAAGCAGAAAGUUUAUUCCAAUCGUCUCCAAGUAUUAAAAAAGGUCAAAUAGUACUUAAUUGCAGUGCUAGUCUUAGUACAUUAGAAAAUACCCUACAAGUCAACAGACAGUAUCAGAAUGUUCUGAUAGAGGAAUUGAAAAAAGUUGACCUAGCAUUAAAAAGAAAUCGACAUGUACAGGAUGAAUUAUCAAACUUUGAUGAAGGAAUUCAAACCAGCGAUGGCUUGAGUAAAGCCUGCAUAGGAAAAUUCAGCAAUCCAUACUUUAAAGAUGGAACUGCACUGGGUCCACCAGACAAUGAAGAUACAAAAGAGAAGAAAGCUGCAGCAUUAUGGACUCCUUCAUUUACAAAACCUUCAAAGCCUUGGAAGAAAAAGGAGACAAUACUUCUAGAAGAUGGAGUUUAUAACAAUAAUUUGGAGAAGAUGUUGGCACCACUUAUGGAAAAAUUAAAGAAAAUAGAAAAAGAAAAUAAAGAAUGUGUUAAAAAUGGUAGGCCAAAACUGGAUAAAUCUAUUCGUGCAAAAGUGAUGGCUGAAAUAAAAGAAAUAAAAGAAAUUCCACGUGCUGAACUGUUAAAAGAUUCGUCAGAUAUUGAUUUUUUCAAAAUUUCCAAAAACUAUCUUCCAGCUCGCGACGAAUUUGAGCUUCAAUUACAUUGGUGCAAUGUGCUUCAUCCAUCAAUUAACCAAUCAAAAUUUACAAAAGAAGAAGAUAGUAAGAUAAUAAAGCUGGCAAAGAAAUAUGAAAAUUGCGAGUGGGAAAAAAUUGCUAAGGAAAUUGGUACUAAUAGAACUCCUGUCCAAUGUUUGCAAAGAUUUCAAAGAACUCUCAACAAAGAUAUGAUUAAAACUAAAUGGGAUGAAAGCGAUGAUUUAAAGUUAAAGGAAGCUGUUGCACUAUAUGGUCCUAAGUGGGUUUUUGUUGCUGAAUAUAUGGGAAACAGAACAACCAAUCAAUGUAUGUUUCGUUGGGAAAAAUCAAUAAAUCCUUCAAUCAAAAGAGGAAAAUGGUCUGUUGAAGAAGAUAAUAAUCUUAUAGAAGCUGUAAAAAAACAUGGUUUAGGUAAUUGGAAGGAAGUAAAGUUACAUGUACCUGGUAGAACAGAUGCUCAGUGUAGAGAAAGAUAUGUUUCAUCAUUGGAUCCGCAAAUUAAGUUUGGUGACUUUACUCCAGAAGAAGAUAAAAAGAUUAUAGAAUUAGUUGAAAAAUAUGGUGUUGGUAAGUGGUCAACUAUUGCUAAAGAAAUGGCACCAAGACUUGAUUGUCAAAUUGCCAGAAGAUAUAGGCAAAUCAAACGUGGCGAGUAUCAUGAGUAUCGUAAAAGUGUUUUAUGGAAAAAAAAUUCUGUACUUGGCUACUUUCUUCAUCGAGAUGACGAAAAGAGAGAUUACAGUAUUGAGGAACUAGAUGUCAACUUUUCUCCAUCAUUAAAUCCUCAAGAAAAAAAGCGACUGAUGCGUAAAAAAGCAUUAUUGAUCGAGGAAGGUUAUUCUGAAGAAGAAUUAACUCGAAAGCUCGCUCAAAUGCAUUACAAAGGAGAGUUUGCUGUUCCUAUCAGUCUUGGAAGACCUAAAAAUACUAGUAAUAGCUAUAAACCUAAAAAUGAAGAUGGACUAAAGUCACCUAAAUAUGAGUUACGUUCAAAAACAUUUUCGCACAAUGAGCUUAAUGAAGAUUCUUGUGUCAAUGAUUUUAAUAAACCAGCUAUGUCUGAACAAAAAUAUAACGCAAAUGAAUGUCAAGGUGUUUCAGUGACUGUAAAUAUGUCUAAUAGAAGAGAAUUUUCUUCUGAAAAAAUUUUAAACAGAUCUUCAGAAAGUGGAUAUUCAGAAGAAUUAUCUGCAGAUGAUGCUAACGAUGCUGACUAUAAAAGUCCUUCAAAAAAUGUUCAAAAUAAAUUGAAUGUAAAAAAAUCUCCUACCUCAUCUGAUUCUGAAUUACUUAUUGAUAAAGUUACUGAGGUAAUUGCUGGAUCUAAUGAAAGUUCUGAGUUGGUAUAUAACAAGAAUGAAAUAGAUCUAAUUAAUCGCUUGCAAGAAAAAUACAACGAAGCUAGAAGAAGAGCUAAAAUUAAAAAAACUGAAAAGUUAACUGGUGUACAAAAACACGAAAAUAAUGAAGAACCAAUAUUCAAAAGUAAUGAUGAUAAAAGAAUUUUUAAGUGUGAGGAAUUACUUCAACAGUGUGAGUUAAAACAAAAAGAAUUUAGAGUUGUUAACAAAAUCAUUCAAGUUCAUAUUAAAAAGCUAGAAAAAAAUGAUUUGAAUAUGUCUUCAAUAGAGAACAUAAAAAGUAAAUUAAAUAUGCUCAAGGAACUUCAGGUUGGUGGUGACAGUGACAAUAAAGUUGACACUGCAAAUAAAAAAAAAAGAAGAAAAAGAGUCAGUAAAACAAAAUGUAAUGAUGCAAAAAGAUUAAAAAUUAUUACUCAUAUAAAAACUGAACAUGAUGAAGAAUUAACUGCUAUUAAUGAAGAAGCUAAUUUUGAACAGAAUUCUGUUAUACCUGAAAAUAAUUUUGCUGGUAACAUCAUUUCUACAAAAAAUAGAACAACAAAUGAAACCUCUCAGAUAAUUCAAGACGAUACACCAAAAGUUUUGCCAGAAGCGAAUAAUCCACUGCAAAUAUUCACAAGACUUCUCUCGGGAUUUCAUAUUGAUACUUCUGGAGUGAUGCAAUCUCUUCCUCAUAAUGAAAGUAAAAUAUUUCUUCAAUCAGAUGAAUAUAUUUCUGACUGUUAUCCAUUAUCACCAAGUCUACCAUCUUUGAGAGGAAUAAGAACAUUGUUGUUAAACAGACGUAUUUUAAGCAAUAAAGUUAAUUCAGCAUUUCCAAAGGAUUCACCUUUUCAUGAGGAUAAAUCUUAUCGUCAAACACGAACAUACGAUGCUUUAAAAAAACGUUUUAAAAGUAUGUUUAUAUGGCCCACCUUUUUAGCAACAUUUAUUCCAAAGUAUACUGAAUAUUCUAUUCAACCAGAUCUUACUGUUCCUAUUUGUUUUGUCUCACUUUCGCCUACUAUAAGUAUUAAAACUGCAACACAACUUAGCGAAAACCAAGAGUUAAUUCCCAGUUGUCACAAUCAAAACAUAACACCAUUAAAAGACAUUCAAGGAACCAAAAAGAUAAUUUUAACUAUGUCUAGCUCAACUGCUGUACCAUGUUUUUCUUUUAAUAAAAAGUCAAGGGAUUUUUGUGAGAGAUCUAUUGCUAGUUCACCAAAAAAGUUAGAUAAAGUUACAGUGCCAUCUGUAGAGAAAGAUGUGAAUCAAAAACUGAGUCCUUUAAAAAGUAUAAAAGUGGAAGAAGUAUAUGAUAGUUAAAAAACCUUAUAUUAGAUUAUUAACCUUUUAUUAAAAAAUCUUUUAUAUUGGUAUUGACAAUAUAAUAAUUAAAGAAAUAUGAAACUUUGUG